GGUGCGGAGUCCAGCUGGAGGCCAGUAUCCAGUGCAGUGCCUCAGGGGUCAGCGCUGGGGCCAAUGUUGUUCAAUAUAUUCAUUAACGAUUUGGACGAGGGAAUAGAGUGCACUAUCGGCAAGUUUGCUGAUGACACCAAGCUGGGAGGGGUGGCUGACACGUCAGAAGGCUGUGCUGCCAUCCAGCGGGACCUGGACAGGCUGGAGAGUUGGGCGGGGAAUAACCUGAUGAAAUUUGACAAGGGCAAGUGUAGAGUCCUGCACCUGGGCAGGAACAACCCCAGGUUCCAGUAUAGGUUGGGAAAUUACAUAUUAGAGAGCAGUGUAGGGGAAAGGGACCUGGGGGUCCUGGUGGACAGCAGGGUGACCAUGAGCCAGCACUGGCCCUUGUGGCCAGGAAGGCCAAUGGUACCUGGGGUGUAUUAGAAGGGGGGUGGCUAGUAGAUCGAGAGAGGUUCUCCUUCCCCUCUGCUCCGCCCUGGUGAGACCACAUCUGGAAUAUUGUGUCCAGUUGUGGCCCCUCAGUUCCAGAAGGACAGGGAACUGCUGGAGAGGGUCCAGCGUAGGGCAACGAAGAUGAUUAAGGGAGUGGAGCACCUCCCUUAUGAAGAAAGGCUGAGGGAGCUGGGUCUCUUUAGUUUGGAGAAGAGGAGACUAAGGGGGGACCUCAUUAAUGUUUAUAAAUAUAUAAAGGGUGAGUGCCAUGAGGAUGGAGCCAGGCUCUUCUCGGGGGCAAACAAUGAUAGGACAAAGGGUAAUGGGAGCCGGAGGAGGGGAUUGCUUUGGGGGCUUCAUCAGGGGUCUGGGACAUGCAGAGGCAGGGGGCCCAGCGGCUGUGUGCCCCCAAUCCAGGGUGCCCCCAUAGCCAUGACCUGGGUGCCGACAGCUGCCUCUGGCCAUUGAUUUCUUCGUUAUUUGCGUCCCCUUCGCUCUCCCGCCACGCUGCAGCGAUGCUGGUGGGAGGGGGCGUUAAGAAACCCCCCCCACCCAGCACCCACCUCUGUGCUGCUGCUCCUUCUCUCUAGAUUUAUAUAUAUUAAAUAUAUAUUUUUAAAAAAUGAGGGGAGAAAAGACCAUCUAGAGGCUCUCAAGGGCCAGUGCCCUCCCCAGCAGUGUGUGCCCCCCACCCUAGAAAUAAUACCUAGAAAAUUGUUCCAGUGCGAUUCUCAGGGGAGCCCCCGCUCCCAACACCCUGGCCCGGGACCCCCCUGACCCCCCCACCUCCGCCAACCCAGUCUGGUCUCUGGCUGUCCAUGGUGGCCGUGGCUUUCUGGGGGGCAGGGGGUGGUGGAGGCCGUGGGCGGUGGGUGAGGAGGGGGCAGCCAGGCGGGCUGGGGGUUGUGGGUGAGGAAGCCCAGUAGGGACUGAAGCUCCCGGGGGCACAGACCAUGGAGGUGAUGGGGCUGAUGCUGCUCUGUGGCUCUCGGGGGUUCGCAGCUUGGAGAACGUGGCCAGAGCGUCGGGGAAGUUGGGCGGCGUGGCCGGUGUGUUGCUGGGGGUGCACAUCUGCGGGGGUGUCAGAUCGGCCAUGGAUGGUUUUUGGAGUCCCAACCUGCCAACUCCCCAUCACUGAAGAUCUGGCUGCAUCCCGCACCAGGGGAUGCUCGAAGCCGAGCUCUGGUGGGUAUUGGGGUACCCAGCGCUGCAGGGUCUGGGUGGCACCCCCAGAACGUGGGGGCUGCCUGGGGAGGAUCUCCAGCCCAGGCAGGGCCAGCUCGGGCUGCGAAGAACAGUUUGGACCAUCCAGGGUGCUUAGAGCGCUGGGGUGCAGCGGGUUUGGGGAGGGGACACUGCUCUGAUGCCAGCUGCCCCGGGCAGGGAUGAGGUGAUGCAAUGAGGACCAGCACGAUGGGUGGGGAGAGUUUUGGGGUCCCUCAGGACCCUCUUCACCCGGCUCCCUGUCCCCUGCUCCACUUCACACCCCAUUAGGACACAGAAAGUCAGGCAGGGCCCCCGGGACACGAGGCGCUGGCCGGGCCCCUCGCGGUUCCCGGCACGGCCCCUGCUUUCUGAGCACUGAGCUGAAUUUAGUGCCCUCCCCACCUCCCCCCCGGACAGACCCGGCCCUUUUUGAGGCCAGUCUUGCCAAAAACCCCAGGAGCUCACGAUGAAAAUGAGAAGUUAAAUGAUUCCUCACAACACCAUUCAACACAAGAACCGAGAGGUUUUUGACACCUGCUUCCUUGUAGGUGUCCUACUGAGCACUAGCACAAAGCCAAGAGCGUUGCUCAGCAGCACCAACCGCGUCUGCCAGGAAUUAAUCUUCAACAUGAACCAGGGGCAGCAGAAGGCAAUCACCAGCACCACAGACAGCAAAGGAGAAGUCUGCAAGAUCCCAUAAGGCUGGAAUAGACUGUUGGCAUCUGCUCUCCACGGCAAAACCGGAGGAGAGCGUAGAGGGAAAAGAAAUGAAAGUCAUUGACAGUGAAAAAUGCGUGGCGAAACACAGGAGGUUCUGACACAAGAAGACCCUCCCAGGAGCAAGCCAUGACUUCUGGAGCCAGCAUCUCUGGCCCGGGAUGAACGCUUGCCCAUUGCCGUGCGUCCACUUGGGGUGCAAAACUGGGGUUUGAGAGGGGCUGUUGCCCCCCGGUGUCUUGCUCUGCCUGGAGAUGUCUGUGCAGAGGUCCCUGGACAGGACGCCUCUUCCUCAGUCAGCGCUGGCAAAAACCAUCUGGGGACACGCUCCGUCCCCUGGAACUCUUCCUUGUGUGACUCGCAGCUCACGUGUGACAGCGCUGCUCCAAACUUGGCCAUCUCCAAGGACCGGCUUUCUUUGGGAUGUGGGGUUCACUCUCAGAGGAAUCAUGGCAGCCCUGCUUUCUGUGUUGGGGUCUCCCUUUCAGCUAUGGAGCAGCUUCAGUUCGCAGUGCAAAAGGAUCUUGCAAUGGCUGUGUAGCUAGCAGCAGCGUUUCUGAAGCAUCAGAGGAGAUGUCAGAGCCAUGAGGCUGAGGGACGGGACUCCCAGCACAAGAUUGCCCGUGUUUCAAAAGGGAGGCAGCCGUGCCAGCUGGAGAACCUCUCUCGCAGCUCCAUCCCCAGCAAAGAGCUGUCUCUAGAGCAGUUCGUGCUGCUUACAGGCAAGAUCAGCCUUUGCAUUUGAACCACCUUCUUGCAGAGGUGACAGGAAACAUCCUCUGGUUUAUGUCGUUCCAGCUGCAAAGGCCAGAGCAGUGUUCUUGAGGGAGCAAGCGAUGAGCACAUUUCCUGGUCAGCAGCCGCUGGCUCGUGCCAACGGUCAAGAGAGGCAGAAGAAAUCCCUUCAGAACAGCUCCCUCUCAAAAGACACCCUUCUGCUUGAUGAACCGCAGGGAAAGGCAUCCUAAACCAGGCACUUUGACCUUGUUUUCAGCCCAGGUUCCCAGUGCUGGUGCACUCGUGAGCCAGUCGCUGCCCAUCUGCCACCAAGGGGAAUCGCCUCUGAGGCCAGCUGUGCCAUGGGGAAAGGAAAGGGUGAGACGUCGGGAGAGUUUCAUUUAGUGCACAACACGGAUAAAGCCAUUCUCUCUGCAAUUAAAACUGAGGGUAUUUAAUUGAGUGAAAUGAGAUUUCAUUCCCCAUGACCUGUCUGAUUGUACUUUGAAUCUGGGCACGGGCUGCAGUGACCUGCCACAACAUUGGAGGUGUCACCAGCUGCAUUGUAGGUGGUAAAGUGGGAAAGGCAGGAGGGAGCCUCAGCAUCUCCCAUCCCGUGGGUGACUUCAUCACAAAGGACCAGGGCGGCGCCCGCUGGCUCCUGGGGCGGCUGUUGCCAGGCAACAGAGACACUAUAUUGUCCCCUGUCACCUGUGCCCCUCGCCCAUUUGGUCACUGGCCGUGGUGGGAUCACUUGCCGUGGUGGGAUCACUGUGGUGGUGGACUCAUUUUGGCAGUUGGAUUGCUUUCGUGGUGGGAUCGCUAUUGGUGGUUGCACCACUUUUGGUGGUAGGAUCGCUACUGGUGGUUGAACCACUUCUGGUGGUUGAACUGCUGUUGGUGGUUUUAUCACUUUCGGAACUUGGAUCUGUUUGGCGACUGGAUCACUUUCAUCACUCGGAUUGCUUUUGGCACUUGGAUCUGUUUGGUGACUGGAUCACUUUCUGUGGCAAGGAGGAGGAGGAGAAAGGCUGCUGGCUGCCCAUCCCUCCAACAUCAUCUCCGGACAGAAGAGCUCCCGUCUUCCCACAUCCAGUUCAGUGUUUUCGGGCAGAGCAGCAGCGAUGGCCACACGUGGACUGCUGGAGAUGCUGAACGCCGCCAUGGGGACACCCCAUUUGGGGGUUGUCGACUUGGUGGCACUGCACAAAUUGCUUGAGGCCAUCAUCGGGCAGCUGGGCCAGCAGGAGCUGUCUGUCCUGGAGCCAGAGCAGAGCCCGACCCCCGGUCUGGCAAAGGAUCAGGACAGCAAGGCCCAGCCUGGCCAGGAGAAGGAGGAGGAUGGAGCCCUGGGCACAGGGCAGCACCUCUGGAAACCAAAGCAGCAGCUGGAUGAGAAGGACACGCUGGAGGGGACCGGGAGCAACUCCAAGGUCUCCUCUGUGGCCAAGGAGGCCAUGCCAAAAACAACGGAAGAGGAGAAGAGAGAUGUCCCCAAGAAAAGGGCUUCGCUCCAGGACCUGUGGGAGGAGAUCAGCAAGUUUAAGGAGGCGCAGUCCAGCCUGGAACAGGACGUGCGGGAGAUGAAGGAGGCCAUGCAGGAGGCGCAUUCUGGCCUGGAACAGGACAUCCAGGAGGUGAAGGAGGCGCAUGUCGGCCUGGCAGAGGACAUGCAUGCCCUGCAGGAGGCGCAUUCCGGCCUGGCGGAGGACAUCCAGGAGAUCCAGGAGACGCUUGGCCUGGAGGGUGGUGGGGGCCAGUCUGCCCCCGCUGAGCCCACCCAGGUGGCCAUGGACAGCCAGGCCAGGAGGAGCUCAGCACUGGAGCCAAAGGGACGUGGGACACAGCCUGGGAUGGAGACCAGCAAGGGGACUGCAGGGUCUGGCUCCCCGGGGAUGCAAGCAGGGAUACAGGGGCAACCAGCGACCCCUGUGAAGUUGUCAGGCGCUCCCUCCAUUCACAAGAGGUCUAUUGGUGCCAACGCCACCACCCCGGGGAUGCAGCCAGGAUCCCCGGGCACCCAGGCCAGCACCUCCCUGGGGACACAACCAGGGGCCCCUGAUGCCCAGGCCAGCACCGCGGGGAUGCAGGCAGGAUCCCCUGGGACCCACACCACCACCCCUGGGGUGCAGCCUGGGUCCUCCAGCUCCAAAGCCACCAUCCCAGGGGAUGCCCAAGAGCCGGCCAAGCCCUGGGGCUCCACCAGCACCUCAAGCUACGAGUCGGAGAUGCGGGAGGUGCUGUCACAGGUUGGGCAGCUCGGCCAGCUCUGCGCUGGUCUGAAGGAACAGGUGGAGCAGCUUAAAUCUACAAAAGCAGAAAGCACAGAUCUUGAGGACGUGCGCCGGCUCUUCCCAAAGGGAGGCCGGCAGAGCAUCACCAGCAUCCUGGCCGACCUCAGGUGCCAGGUGUCCUUCCUGCAGGACACGGCCAGGGCCCUCCACGGGGAGAAGGAGAAGAUCAGCAAGGUGGAGGAUGCUCCCAGAAAGACGAGGGGGUCUGGAGCCGGUAGGAAAGCAGACGGCAGUGGCCAGAUGACCCAACAGCCGCGGCCCAAGGGACAGAAGGUCAAGGCAGAGCGCAAGGAGCUGGGGAAGCAGCAGGAGCCAACCCAGGCCGAGCUGGAGCAGUUUGCGGCCAAGUACGUGAAUAAGUUGGUGAUGGAGGCAGCACAGCAGCUGCAGGCAGAGCAGGUGGACGAGCCGAGGACGACGGCGCAGAGCGGGGGACACGAGCACGCAGGGUGCCACGUCUGCAGCCCGGACACCAGGGUGCUGCUGGGGAAGCUCCUCCAGCGCUGCGAGAAGCUCGAGGAGCAGGUGGAGUCCCUGGUCCAGAAGGCGGGCAGCAAGGUGGAGAGUCAUCCGAAGUGGAGGAGACAGUCCCUGCAGCAGGACGAGCAACUCAAGUGCCUCCAGGCCAGCAUCAUGCAGCUACAAAAGGACUAUGAGAAGUUGAGCUCGGCCCUUGCAAACCUCCAGCAGGAUCGUCAGCAGAAGCAGAAUGACAUCAAGGCUCUGUCCCAGGCCCUGGGGAGGCUGGAGAAGAAGCAAGCAGACAAGGAGGAGAUGCUGGUGCUGGGAAUCGAUGAGAAAGCAGACAAAGCCGCCCUGGCUGACAAAGUCAGUCGCAGCCAGCUUGAGGCGUGCGAGGAGCGGCUGACCAAGAUGAUGGAGGAGGUGACGAGCCAGGUGACGGGCCAGGAGAAGGGCUGGCACCAGUUCCAGCGAGAGCUGCAGAGACAGAUGGACUGCAAGCUGGACCGCCGGGAGCUGGGGGCGUUCCGGCAGCAGCAGGAGGAGCGGUGGAAGAGCCUCAGCGGGCAGCUCCAGGAGAAGGCGCUGCAGGCAGAGCGUGACGAUGCCGCUGGGAUUAGGAAGCAGCUGCUGCCCGGUUUCCAUUGCCUGUCCUGCGACCGGCCCCUCAACAUGCUGGCACCUGGACCGGAGCGGACGGGCGAGUGUAGAUACCCCACUGUUCCGCGGAGCUGCGGAGGCCAACACACCGUCACGCCCCCGCGCUUCCAGCCCAAACCGCCCAGCACCCCACGGCCAUCCAAACCCAGUGCCCGCAGCCCCAACAAGAAGGACGCGAUGCAGCUGUCGGGCCAGGACGGCACUGAUGGGAACCAGCAGGACGAGCAGCUCUCCAUGAUGGGGGGCUCUGAGCUGCCCACAAUGCCAAGGGCCACCCCAGACACCCCGACCUCCAGGAACCGGCCAAGCACCCGCUCCUCGCUGAGAUCAGCCGUGCUGCAGCACCUACCAGUCUCGUCUCCCAGACGCUUCACCCUGGCACCGCAGCUGCUGCCGCCCAUCCCGCCCCCCCGCCGUGAACCAACCCCCUGACAGCCGGGCAGGACGGGGUCCCGGCCCCGGUCCCACCGCCCCGGGCACUGAGCAGGCAGCGGCUGCAAUAAAUGGCGAUGGGAAACCAA